AUGAUUCGUAUAUUAUUAACUGUUUAUUUAUUAUGUUUUAUUGAAAUUCAUGCAAUACGUCGUCGUUGUAUAAAUAGUGGUGUGUUAUUUUCCGAUCAAAUUGCUCGUUCACCACUUAUUGUGUAUGGUGAAUCUUUAGCAAAAAAUAUUUAUGUUGAAAGUGAUACGGAAUCACUUUUUAAUGUUACAUUUCGUAUUGAUUGUAUUCUAAAAGGACAAAUUAUUGAAAGUCAAAUAAAAAUAACUGAUGCAGGUAUAAAAGCAGGUCAUAUGGCUUGUCAAUGGCUUGAUCCAGGACAAUAUUAUGUUGUUUUUCUUGAAAAAUGGGGAACAAAUCCAAAUGAAUAUCGUCCACUUGAUUUUCAAGAACAUAUUGGUGAUAAUACAACAUAUGAAUUAUUAACAAAAACAUGUCAUUUAACAAAGAAUUUACCAUUACAUUCAACUACAAAUAAUUGUCCAAAUGUAUCAUUUUCCGGAUUUUGUCCUCAUGAUAGCAAUGAUAUAAUUGUAAUACCGAAACAAGGCUGGGCUGAUACUAUAAAUACGAAUGCAAGAUCAUCAUAUUUCGAUCAUGGUAGUUUAUUUCAACUUCAAUCAAAUGUUACCGUACCAAGAGAUCCAAUCAUGUCACAAACAAGAUAUAUUUCAAAUAAUUCUGCACGUUCAGCAAUAAUAUCUGAAAUUUUAUUCGCUAUUGGUAUCUUUUUUAUGAUAUUAGGUUAUUGA